GUUUCGGAGUUGGUGCCUCCAGGUGCCAUGGGCAGGGCUGAGUCGCGGUGAGGGGAACGUGGGGGUGCUGAAGGGGACGCGGGGCUGGCCUAUGGCGGGCGCUAGGGCAGCCGCAGCCGCCUCAGCGAGGCCCUCGGCUUCUUCGGGCAACCCGCCGCCGCAGGAGCCGGGGCUCGGGGAGCUGCUGGAGGAGUUCUCCCGGACUCAGUACCGGGCCAAGGACUGUGGCGGGACGGGCGGCUCAAGGGUUGAGCGCAUUGAGAAGAGAUGCCUGGAGCUGUUUGGCCGAGACUACUGUUACAGUGUGAUCCAAAAUGUGAAUGGGGAUAUCUGUGGCCACUACCCCCAGCACAUCGUGUUCCUGGAGUAUGAAAGUUCUGAGAAGGAGAAAGACACGUUUCAGAGCACCGUGCAAGUGAGCAAGUUACAAGACCUUGUCAACCGAAGCAAGACGGCCAGGUGCAGAGGACGGUUUGUCUGCCCAGUGAUUCUAUUCAAGGGCAAGCACAUUUGCAGGUCAGCUACCCUAGCAGGAUGGGGGGAACUAUAUGGACGCACUGGCUACAACUAUAUUUUCUCAGGAGGUGCAGAUGAUGCCUGGGCAGAUGCAGAGGACAUCACAGAGGAGGACUGCGCUCUUCGAAGUUCCGACACACAUCUUUUUGAUAAGGUCAGAGGCUAUGACAUCAAGCUGCUUCGGUACCUGUCAGUCAAAUACAUCUGUGACCUGAUGGUGGAGAACAAGAAGGUGAAAUUUGGUAUGAAUGUAACCUCCUCCGAGAAGGUGGACAAAGCCCAGCGCUAUGCCGACUUCACUCUCCUCUCCAUCCCGUAUCCAGGCUGUGAAUUUUUCAAGGAGUAUAAGGAUCGAGAUUACAUGGCUGAAGGGCUCAUUUUUAACUGGAAGCAGGACUACGUUGAUGCCCCACUGAGCAUCCCCGACUUCCUGACUUGCUCUCUGAACAUUGACUGGAGCCAGUAUCAGAGUUGGGACCUGGUGCAACAGACACAAAACUACCUGAAACUGCUGCUUUCCAUAAUUAACAGCGACGAUGACAGCGGGCUGCUGGUACACUGUAUCUCGGGCUGGGACCGGACGCCUCUCUUCAUCUCUCUCCUGCGCCUUUCCUUGUGGGCUGAUGGGCUUAUCCACACAUCCCUAAAGCCUGCUGAGAUCCUCUACCUAACCGUGGCCUAUGACUGGUUCCUCUUCGGGCACAUGUUGGUAGAUCGGCUCAGCAAAGGAGAGGAGAUUUUCUUCUUCUGCUUCAAUUUUUUGAAGCAUAUCAUCUCUGAGGAGUUCUCUGCUCUGAAGACACAGAGGAGGAAGAGUUUACCAGCCCGGGAUACAGGCUUCACGCUGGAAGAUAUCUGUAUGCUGAGACGAAAGGACCGCGGCAGCACCACCAGCCUUAGCAGUGACUUCUCUCUGGUCAUGGAGAGCUCCCCAGGAGCCGCCGGGAGUUUCACCUAUGAGACCGUGGAGCUGGUCCCUGCAGGAGCACAGACUCAGGCAGCUUGGAGGAAGAGCCACUCAUCCUCUCCUCAGAGUGUGCUCUGGAACCGGCCACAGCCCUCAGAGGACCGCCUGCCUUCCCACCAGGGGCUGGGGGAGGCCAGGUCUUCCAGCUCCUCAUCCUCGAACCAUUCUGACUUUUUCAGGAUGGGUAGCAGUCCCCUGGAGGUCCCCAAACCCAGAUCAGUGGACCAUUCCCUGCCCGGAUCCUCUCUCUCCACAGACUUUGGCAGCUGGCAGAUGGUAACAGGCUGUGGCAGUAUUCAGGAACGGGCUGUCCUGCACACAGACUCCUCUCUCCCUUUCAGCUUCCCGGAUGAGCUCCCUAACAGUUGUCUGCUUGCAGCCCUGAGUGAGCGGGAGAGUCGGCUGCAGGAAGUACGCUCAGCUUUCUUGGCCGCAUACAGCAGCACGGUGGGGCUUCGAGCAGCAGCCCCCAGUCCCUCUGGUGCCAUCGGAGGCCUGCUGGAGCAGUUUGUCCGUGGUGUUGGACUCCGGGGCACCAGCAGCAGCACCUUAUGAAGUAGCCAGCCCACAACAAUCUCCUACUGCUCUCACCUGAGCCCUGAGCAGAAUCAAAGCCAUGCCCAGACAAGGAAGGGGUGCUUCAAGAUAUGGGGAAAUCUCACUCCUUCUCCUUCAUGCACAUGGCAGCCCCAAAGCCAAGCAGGGCCAAGGACAGGGUUCUCCAACCCCCAGCUUCCUGACUGGUGAUCACCGUCCCUCUUGUCACUGCCUUUCACCCACCCUAGUCUUUGUUGGGAUUCCCAUCAACUCUCAGAACUGUAGGGGGGUUCCCUGGGGCCUUGUGAAGGCUGGGACCUCACAAAAGACUUCCCUCUCUGCAUUCUUAUUUUCCUGCAGAGGAGGGAUCACCUGCACUGAGAAUGAGGCAGUUUGACACAGAUCACAAAAUAAAAUCUUUUUGAACAGCU